AUGUCAGGUUUGUAUAAUCAGAAUUUCUCUCAUGCCAGAGCUGCUUCUCCUCAGAUUAGAACCAACUCAGAAGUUGACAGUCAGUAUCUAUCAGAGUUGCUGGCAGAACAUCAGAAGCUUGGACCUUUUCUGCAAGUGCUUCCUAUAUGCAGUCGUCUUUUGAAUCAAGAAAUAUUGAGAGUUUCUGGAAUGUUGUCCAACCAAGGUUUUGGUGACUUUGAUAGACAUCAGCAUAGAAGUCCUAGUCCUAUGGCUUCUUCAAACCUCAUGUCUAAUGUCUCUGCGACAGGAAUUGGUGCAUGGAAUAAUCUUCAGCAGGAGAGAUUAAUUGGACCCCCUGGAACGAAUAUGGACUGGCAAAGUGCACCUGCAAGUCCUAGUUCAUUCACUGUGAAGAGAAUAUUGCGCCUGGAAAUUCCGGUAGAUACAUUCCCCAAUUUUAAUUUUGUUGGAAGACUUCUGGGACCACGAGGCAAUUCUUUGAAACGGGUAGAAGCUACUACUGGUUGCCGUGUGUAUAUUAGAGGAAAAGGAUCGAUAAAAGAUCCCGACAAGGAAGAAAAGUUACGAGGAAGACCAGGCUAUGAGCAUCUCAAUGAACCUCUACACAUAUUGAUUGAGGCUGAUUUACCUGCUAAUGUUGUUGACUUAAGGCUCAGACAGGCUCAGGAAAUCAUAGAAGAAUUACUCAAACCUGUGGAUGAGUCAGAAGACUUUAUUAAGAGGCAGCAGUUGCGCGAAUUAGCUCUUCUGAAUUCAAAUUUCAGAGAAGAGAGUCCAGGGCCAAGUGGCAGUGUGUCCCCAUUCAACUCAAGUGGAAUGAAACGUGCAAAACCGGGUCGCUGA